AUGACUGAUGAUCAGAGGUUUAGGCUUAAAGGGAGAUUGUAUCCCUGUAUUGUACCCCGUGAGAAUGGAGAAGUUCAUGGAAAGGUACUAGUGGGAUUAACGGAUGAUGAACUUGAGAAUCUUGAUUGGGUUGAAGGAAACGAAUAUGAAAGAGUUAAAGUUGAGGUUAUAAGGAAGGACAACUCAGAGAAGAUGACAGUGGAUACAUAUCCAUGGAUCAACAAGAAUGAUCCUGAUAUUGGUGGAGAUUGGGAUUUCGAGGAAUGGAAACGAGUGCAUAUGAAGAAAUUCAUAGAGACGUUCAAAGAAAUCAUGGAAUUUAAGAGGAAUCCACAAAAGGGAAGAGAUGAUUUCCAAUAUGUUUUACGCGAAGAUCCCGGGAAUGCUCCUUCGUCUUGAAUGGAAUAUGUGAUGACUGAUGAGUAUGUUUUUAUAUAUCAUCUUUGUUUUUAAUGUUCCAAAUUAAAUAAAACCUAGAGAGUCUAUGACUAUGUAUUAUCAUCAUUUCCUACUCCGUGUGCCAUAAUAAUUCAACUUCUCCACACAAAAAUCCGUAAACCGUUUCGGCACCGUUCGUUCA